AUGGCUGACGCUGCCAACACGAAGGUGGACGAGGGGGCCGAGGCCCCCAAGGCGCAGGGGCCAGUCAAGCCGGAGGAGGUGGACGAAGAGGCUGCGAAGGCAGCGAAGAGAGCCGAGAUCGUGGCCAAGGUGAAGGCCGCCCAGGACCACGAGUUACGUGAGAAGCAGGCCCGGUUGGAGGCGUUCAGGGAAGCGAAGAAGGAGGACUCCCGAGAUCGCCGAGAAGGGCACGGCGUACUUUGGGGAGCACGCGGGCAUCCACUGCGACGCCUGCGCCACCGUGCCCAUCUUCGGAUACCGGGACGGGCGGGCCUCUGCAAGUCGUGUUCGGCGCACGACAUCUGUGAGAGCUGCUACGACGCGUGGGCAGGCGGCGACGGUGUGAUGCCGAACAAGCUUAGCAUGCAGGUGUUGAGCACGAACCCUGCUGAUCAUUCCUUCAAGUUGCACAAAGACCAGACUUUCAAAUCUGUCGUCAAGGGGGACAAGACUACAGUGAAGUCAGAGCCGAAGUUGAAGCCUAACGAUACCUGCAGCUGCGGCUCGGGCAAGAAGUACAAGGAACAGUUGUGGGCACCGUUCGAGGUCAGCAUGCAGCAGACGUCUAGCGUGGAGGAUUGCCGGCGCAAUAUUCUGUGUGCCAGGGGGCGGCGCCAGGUCUUCCAGCUGGCCGAGUGGUUCCCGGAAUGGCUUGCGGGAAUAGUAUCGCGGCUGCUGCGCCGCGAGUGGCUGUCACGCUUGUGCGCCAGCGAUGUCUCGCCGCGGAGCUUCCACCUCGCAUCCAGUGCUCACCGCGAAUGGCGGCUCAUAGCGGAGCUGCUGCUUCUGGUCGCCCUUCUGCUCCUCUCCAACCCGCUGGUGCUGGCGCGAGUGGUGCUGGCGACCGACAACCAGAUGCAAUCCAUCAACACGACCCCUGGAGAGAGUCGGCCGCUCUAUCCCGUGGUGCUGCUGAAGGACUUCCUCACAGCUCAGCUCGACUCGAAGUUGGCAUCGGUCAAAGCAGAGAUCAUCGGCGAGUUCGCAACCCAGCUCAAGGGUCCCCUUGGCGCGGUGGUCGGACAGCAGCAACAACGGAACGCGCAUUUCACGGGUCAGACCCAGUCACUACAGGCCACAUCGUCGAAGCUCGAGGCCGAACAAGCAGAACUACGUGUUCAAAUUGCAGAAAUGCGACAGCGGCUAUACAUGCAGGAGGCACAGAUCCCCAUCAAGGAUUACGAGAAUCUCAUCGAAUGGGACCGACCAGCAGACACCAGCAUCAUUGUGGGCACGGCCGCGGAGAACUUCACGCUCGACGAGUUCAAGGCCAGCAUCCAGCCCAUCAUCGACAGAUGCGAGUUCGGCGACGGCGAGUGGGAGGCAGUGGGCCAGAGUCCAGCGCGACGAUUCCUCAUCGAGUUCAGUGGCGACGCGAAUGCCUCUGCCCGGCGUGUCCGCACUUUCUACAGCAAGCUCAAGGGCGCUGACGGCGAAUGGCUCAACACGAUGGUCAACAGCGUCCACGGGAUCAUCUAUUGCAACAACCUGCCCAUCCUCUCCAUCUCCGUGGGUUCCACAAAGGACGGGCCGACCAAAUUACUCUUCAACUACCAGGGCUGCCUCACGCACGGUAUCAACAGGGAGGACGUCCGCGCGAAGUUCGAAGAGGACCCGCUCAAGCGCAAGAAGAAGGUCACCCACAUGCUGCAGGUGCUCAACUCCACGUCGGUGCUGGCCAUGCAGGAGGUGCACGGCUCUGAGACGGAGCUAGCCCACACCCUGCACCUUGGCCACAAGUCUGCGGCCAUCUUCAUCUCCAUCCCUGAGCGCGGAACGGGAGGCGUGGCGACUGUGCUUCCUGGACUCUCGCAAGAGGAGGCGGCUGAUCCUGACCGCUUCCGUCGCACCGCACCUGUCCCUGGCCGCGCACAACGUCUCCAAAUCAAGUCGGAUCUCGCUGGUGCACCCGAGGGCGCUCAGCCGUCCAUGGCGGUGAUCUACAACGUUCACAACUUCCACCUCGCGCAGGAUCAGGUCCAGCGCACGGUGGGCACGAUUAGGGCGGAGCUCAGCGUCGCAGAGCAGCGGCCCGAGCGCAUCACAGCCAUGAUCAUGAGCGACUUCAAUUUCAUGGAUGAGGCCCCGCUGGAGAUGACGGCCCCGCUCGUCAACAAGGGGCUACCCAGGCUACGCAACGUCCACCCUGAACAUCAGCUUCUCUGGGAGCAGGCGCCGGGCGACAUGGUCGAGGUGGACCCCGAGCUCCACGCGCACUACACUGAGCACUCCCAGCAGUGCGCGCGCAUCGACAAGAUCUAUACCAGCUCGCCGCCGUGGCUGUUGACACAAUGGUGCGCGAAGGUCGACAUGCCCAUGGCGCCUGACAUGCUCUAUGACAAGGGCAUUUCGGAUCAUGCCCCAGCACGCCUACGCCUCUCAGCCCGAGCUCGCGCAGAUCGCGAGUCGCAGCCGAUCCCGCAGUAUAUCUUCGAGCACCCUCUUUUCAUCAAGUACUUUGACCUGCUGGUCAGCCAUGCCGACCUGGACAGCUACACGCCCUGUGUGCGCCUCCAGGAGCUCAAGCGCCUGAUCCGCGAGGCGGCGCGCCUUACCCGCAACGACCUGACAGACGUGCAUGCGCCGUGCUCGGCGGCAGCUCUCACCACUUGCAGAGCGAUCUCGAGGGCGGUAUGGCGCAAUGACUGGCAGAGCGCACGCACGCUAAAGGCGCGCACUGAGCUCGGUGACCAGUUCUUGGACAUCUCUGACCCGAACAACAUUGCGCUGAUCGAGCCUGGCACGUUUCGCCGCGUCUUCGAGCAACGCCAGAAGUCGCGCCAGGACCAGCGCACUGAGGCCCUGCUGCAGGGGGAGUCCGCCGCUGACACGCCCUUCCAGCAGCGGCAGCGGCUCCGCAAGAUGAGGAAGGCAAUCCAGAAGCGCGGCAAGCUCUGGGCCCCAACGGGCAAAACCCUCAAGCUCAAGGCUAUCGGGGCGAUGCACGACCACAGCACCACGCAGACGCCUGCUGCCAUGAUCGAGGAGCUCCGUCGGCAGUGGUCCCCAGUCUUUCAGGCGAAGCCAAGCCACCUCCAGCACGUAAAGCGCUACCUCGAGAAGCACAUCGUUCCGUAUGAUUGCACGGACAUGGACAUCCCCAGUUUGGGUAAGAUGAAGAACCUGAUCAGCAGGCUCAACAACUUGGCGCCUGGACCUGACGGGAUCCCCUACAUGGCCUGGAAGCGGAUCCCCUCGUCGGCGCAGCUCAUGCUCGACGUCACCAUCGAGAUCAUGCAGGGCUACCCUGUCCCGCUCACCUUCAAUGACUCGCUGAUGAUCUUCACCCCUAAGGGGUCGGAGCCUGCUGACGAGCAUGGAGCGACGAGCGUCUUCUACGCGGCGGAGCUCUUGGCGCGCCUGGUGCUCAAGACGGCGAAGUGCAAGAUCAUCCCGUUGGCGGGCUCCUUCUCGCCGGCGGUCGUGGACAGGGUGCGCGCCAAGAUCGAGGCGCUGGUCCCGAAGUGGAGCGGCAUGACGAUCACGGACAUGGCUGAAUACCUCGGGGUGCUGAUGGGCCCGAGCGUGGAUAACCUCAAGCGCUGGCAGAAACUGGUGGCGGGCUGGCAGCGCGCGACCAACCUGAUAGCGGAUACGAAUGCUCCGACUUCGACCUCGCUGAUGCUCUACAACCCGAGGGCGGUAACCAAGAUCUCCUACUUCAGCCAGCUGUUCCUGUGGCCGCCCAAGAUGAAGCGCAAGGAGAACUGGGCUCUUCACCGCAUCUGGCACCUUCCUCCUCAAGCGCUGCCACGAGAUGAUCUACUUCGCAUUGGUGACUGGUCGUCCUCGCUGAAGGCGGUCUCGCUCGAGGUCAGCAACAGGGCCGCCCUGAUGCGCAGUGCCACGGACUCGGUGAAGAACUGGCCGCACUGGUCAGCCAAGCUCAAGGAGGCGGCGGCGGUGGCAUUGCCCUUCUACGACCUGGCGCUGGGCAUGCAUGCGCCAUCGCACUGGCGCUCUCCGCCGAUUGCCCUCACCUUGGAGGAGGCAGCUGGCGGCUUCACGAACGACCCGAACGAGCUGGUGGCCACCGUUUGUGGCCAGGCACUGAAUGAGUGGCGCGCGGAAAAAGCCCGCCUGAUGGUUGCCCGCCCGAAUCCACGCUUGCGCAUGCAGAAGCACAUCCACUCUCACCUUGUUCCCUCACUCCUGGUUGAUCGCCUCCCCUCGACCUUCCUCGCCCGCCUCAACUCCUGGUCGACAGAAUCGCAGCCAUAUGUGCAAGCACAGAUCGAAUGGGAGCCGCUUAAAGUGCUGCUCAAGUCUGAUUUCUCUCCUGCGUCUCACUCCGCCCUCCUCGAGACUUGGGCGGGGGGAUGGGCCACAGGCCGCCGCCUGCACUCGCGUGACAAGAGCGCAGGCGGCCCAUGUGUUUUCGGCUGCAAGCAGGGUGAUGUUCCUGAUGCAUCUGACUCCAUUUCUCACUACAUGCACUGCGCUCACAUGUCGCACGCUGUCUGCACGGUGUGGCACGUGCGCUUACUUGCGCCGAGCUCGCUUCCUGCUCGUCUGGGCCUCUGCAGCGGAGAAUCGGACGAGUAUCCUCAGCGUGUAGCGCUGGAACGCACCACCAUUGCUUUUCAUUUGUACAACAUUCAGUCGAAACUGCCGCCAGGGAAGUGGAUACUCCCAGAGCCUGUGCGCCUGCGGUGCGCCCGCGGCUCUGCUGCGGUGUGGCCCGCGUGCGCAGGCGCUGGCAGCUCCGGCGGCGCUCUGCGCGGUCGUGCCCCCGCUCGACGCGCCAGGCGCGCACAGCCCCAGCGCGCGCGGUGCCGGGCGCGCGGGGGGGCCGCCGCCGCGGCGUGCUGGGGCAGGCGGCGAGGCCAGCGUGGCUGCGCAGUCCUGGGCGCGCCGCGCCCUCCAGACGGUGAGGGAAAAUGGGCCUGGAUACUUCUGCGCGCUGUGGUUCGUCUCCGCGAUGCACGGCUUCGGCCUGUUCGCGAUCAGCUGGGCCCUCUUCGUGAGGGCGACGGGGGCCAGCCCGAUCAGUUUCGAUGCCCGACUUCCGGUCGCGGUGAACGUGGCGCUGUUGCUUCUCCGACCCAGCAGGAUGAACCCGAAGUAUGUCGUGUACCAUUUGGCUGUCUACGUCAGCCUCAGCUGGGUUACUCGGCCGGCACGCUUCGCUGUGGCGGUGCCACUGACACGAUCCACGCGGCGGCGGAUAUUCUAACCGCUUCUUCGACACCAUCCAGAAGCGCUUCAAGUGUCCCAAGUUCAUUUGGAAGGGUUCGCCGUCCGCCGCUGGUACCCCCGCUGAGGGUUUGUGGCUUGAGGGCCAACGGGCUGGAGACACGGGGUCCAUCUUGUUGCAAUCUUGCGCAUGACUCUGGCAACAGCGGAGCCUCUGAGGGUCAUGAUCGGCCUGAUGGUGGAGUCACCGCGGGCGUGGGGGCCAUCUCGGAGCCUUCAGGGCUUCGGGGGAAGCAACGGCCUAAAACACUCAGCGUUGACGUUCAUGGAGGCAAUCUUGAAGACCACCCUGGGCAAUAAAGUUCCUAGCCUUUGUAGCACCGCGUUCUGCGAGAAAGGCAUGGGCCGUGAAAACAUACCCCGAGCAGCGUUGCCGAACUGACCUACCGUGUUACGUGCUUUGUCUGGUGCCAGCUGACAAUUGUGUGCGAGCGUCCCUGGGCAAUACUCGCUGGACACAGCUCGUGGCGCUCUGGUUGGACCCUUGCGCUGUCACGCACGCUCUUCGUCCCUUGCCUUCCUCUCGGAGCUGUUUGCAUGCCAUGGCGUUUUUCUCCUUUCCGCGCUCUGCCCCCCUCGUUGUCGGCUCGCUCGCCAUGCGUGCACUAGGAGGCGCUCGCUUCGUUUUGAAGGCGGGAGUCUCGCAGCUGCGUGCGCAGCUCGACAGGCCUUGUUGCGUAGCAUUUUGGCGCAGAGUUGGUGCGCAUAGUUUGUGCACUCACUGCGCCAUGGGCCCGGUUGUCGCUGGCGCGGGGGGAGGAUUCAAACAUUCCAUAGCGUGGGUAUUCGCCCUCGUGGUUCCAUUUGUGAUAUGUUCUCCAUUUCUGGCGGCCGCAGUCUACCUCACUUGCGCAGUGGUUGGUGUGCCUGUGGUGGGGGAGUGACGCUGAGCGCUGGAAGUGGCGCGCAGGACAAUGGUGGAUUGUUUCGCCUGCGUAGGGGUAAGAGAGAGGCGUCGACGACGGCAGCGACCAUGUCGGCUUCAAUGACGACUUGUGCCCGCUGUGUCCAGACCAAGGCUGCCUCCCACGAAAUCAAUUCAACCUUUGUUAAUUUCGAUCCUGUGCGCUCUUACGUUCAAGUCGCCAGCCAAGUAAUCCAGGGAUUGUCUACGAUCGCCACAUUUUGGCAAUCGUCCAUCGGC